UGGCGCAUCAUGGGACAUUGGGACAUGGUACAAGAUGGCGGUGGAGUGAGUUGCACUGUAGCCUCGUAAAUGUAUAUUUUCUACUCGCCGGAGUUGUUUAAACAUAUUUAAUUUAAUCACAAUUAGUCUGAUACGCGAUCGGACUGAUUUAAACUGACGCGCAUUCAAUGUAAAUAUGAGUGUAAAGACGCGCAGCGACAAGGUGACACCCUGCAAUUCGGUGUGGAGCUCGAGUACGUAUGGCAGAGACUAGAGAAAAUUCAAAAGAUAUAGAUAAGCAAAAUUUUUCACACGCUGCUGCUUGAUUAUACGAUUCAUCAGCAAUGUUGUGGCAUAAUCAUCGAAAUUGUGAGAAUAAAAGUGCAACAGUUUGUAGAGACGUUAAUGUGAUUGCUCACUGAUAUGGUAUUGUUGUAUCGUAUGGAGAAGAGAGAAAAAUAAAAAUAGAAAAUAAAAAAAAAAAAAAAAAAAAAACAACAGGGAAUAUUGUUGGUGAUAAUACUGAUGAUUUCCUGACAUGAUGGAAAGUAAAUUGUAUGUGAAAAAUGAGCCGGGACUUGAAGGGCAAUCACUUGCUGCAAUGCAAGGGAAUCCUCCUCCUCCUCCUUUAUCAGCGUCAACAUUACCAACGGAUGAUGGAUUAUUACCACGAAUAUGUUUUGUUUGCGGUACAUUGAGCCAUAAUGAGCAAUAUUGGCUAAGAGUGAAACAAACUCCAGGCUCAGCUCCAAAUGAGCCAUUUUUUCCAUUUUUAGAGACACACGAACCGCCGGUCGGCUAUCGUGGCGAAGGUGUGAGAAGUGGAGCCAUAAAGGCAUGUAGUCUCUGUUAUACAUUACUUCUUCAACAAUGGGAUAGCUAUGAGCGUGAUGCUCGACCACAUAAUCAACGUAUUUAUUGGUUAAAAAGAUGUGACGGUGGGCCAUUCACAGGUGCUGAAAUGGCCCUACAAGGUGAAUAUGCGGCACAAGUUCUUGGUUUAACGAAUGAACAAACAAGACAGGAAAAUAGUGGAGGUGGUGGUAGGCCAGUUGGUAUUUCACCACGAUUACCGGCAAAUUCACCAUCGCCAAGAAUUGAACUACCAACAAGUAGACCACCAUCGAAUUCAUUGGAAUUAUCAAGGCCACAGCAUCUUAAUAGCAGCGAAACUGCCAGGCACAUUGAACAGGCAAGGCUCACUAUGGAGUCACCCCAUCAGAAAUUACAAUCACCGCAUCAAAGACUGCAAAGUCCACGACAACAUGUUGUUGAGGAACCAAGAAUUUCCAAUGAGGCUGCACUUGACUUGCGACAUGCACCAAGAAGUUCACCUGUACCGCAACCCACCUUACCACCUCAACCACAAGCAAUCUAUAGCGGAGGUUCUUCAUCAAGCGGUGGUACAGACAUUUUGGAUUUGUCAAUGCCUGACAAAAAUUCAGUGACCGAAGUUUGCUACGUGUGUGGAGAUGAAUUCAAAAGAGGCUCACUUAGUCACAUAGCGGCAAAGCCACUGCCAAGUCAACCCCAUCCUUCUUCCAGUCCACCGCCAUUUUUUCCCUCGCUUAUGCUACAUCCUAGACCAAGCAGGAGUAGGCCAAUGGAUAGUGCUGGUCGUGUACAGGCUUGUUCAGCGUGUCAAAAUCAUCUUUUACAACAAUGGAAAAAUUAUACACGUCAGGGUGUUCCGCACAGUAAUCGAGAUUAUGCUCUACGUAAACGACAAGCGCCAGCAAUGGAUACAACAACAUUUAUUUGUUACACUUGCGCUUUGGAAUAUCCUUCAUCCAGUAUUAGAUUGCUUUAUUGUUGUCCGAAUCCAGAGAAAGAGGCAUAUUUUCCAUUUAUUUGUUCUCUGAGGCCACCGCCUGGCGCGAGUCCCAUUAGUCCUCAGGGAAUGGUUCAAGUUUGCUCGAUUUGUUAUAAAGCCAUUCCUCAAAAGCAUCAAGUUUUUGGUGGUGAAAAUCAUGAACCACAAGCAAUUGUUCAAACAACUGAAUUCAGACAACAAGGACCAUCUCCACGACCUGCAGUUGCAAAAUCUCCAGCAAAUUCAGCAACAGGUAGUGAUAUCAGAUUUAAACCAUAUGACUUGAACAAAUCAUCAAGUAAAUCGCGUACCGCAAGUGUCAAGGGUGCGAGUUCAAGUCAACGCAAUUCUCCUAAUAAUGGUCCAGCUGAAAAUGGUACAGUUGCUCUUGGUCAAAACUACAGAUGUUAUAUUUGUGAGAGACUUUAUCCUCGCACUCAUAUGGAAUGGUUAUCAACGAGUCCAGAAGGUAUGAAUUCACAUGCGAUGCAUUUUCCAUGUUUGAGAAGUAUGGUGAGAACUUCGGAAAAUGCUUGUAUGGAUAGUCAUGGAAGGGUAUUGGCAUGCAGUCAUUGCGUUAAUCAUUUGGCUCAACAAUGGGAAAAUAUGGACGCCGAAAGAGUUCCUUUAGAACGUCGAAGAUACGAUAUUCCUAGUCCACAUCCAAAUGGCGAUGUGAGUCGUUCAAUUGCCACACCGCCAAGUUCAAGCUCAGACAGAACUUUCGGCAGUAAUCCCGGAACAUCGAGCAGUUCAAUUUAUUGCUUUUUAUGUGGAUUACAUAGUGAUCUUACACUCGCUCGUGUAUUAUAUGGAAGACCACAGGGUCGUAAUGCACCAUUUUUCCCAGAAUUAUUGCGACAUCAAUCGCCAACAAAUGCUGAACAACUUCGUGAGGAUGGCUCAGCGCUUGUUUGUACAUUUUGCUAUCAUACACUAUUGGCGCAAUGGCGCCGUUAUGAAUCAUUAACUGGCGCACAACAAGUAAAUCCUCAGGAUCGACAAUACAAUACUCAUGAUUAUUGUUGUUACGUGUGUGGCAUUACAACUUAUAGAAAACGUGUACGAGCAUUGCCUGUUAAAGAUUUUCCAUUUUUGAGGUAUCAUCGACAACCUGAUAAAAGUUUAUUAUUGGAAAAUGGUGAUUUUGCUGUGGUUUGUCUUGAUUGUUAUGAGACAUUGAGAACGCAGAGUCUUGAAUAUGAACGAUGGGGUUUGCCUGUUGAGAAACGUGAAUAUAAUUGGAUUGUACAACCACCGCCGCCUGAAGAUAGUCCUGAGGCUGCAAUUGCACGAUUACCAUCUGGAGAACGUUCGGAGAAGGUGGUACCAUCGACUUUAACCGUGAAGCCAGUGAGGAAAAAUUGUUCGCCGAAAGCCCCAGAGAAGAAGCCGCCCGUAAAGAUUCCAGAAAAAGAUCAAGGUCUUCAACCUGCUAGCACCAAAGCUCAACCAGCCUCAAUCGGAAAGUCUCACAGACCAAGUUCCGGUGUUUUACCUCAGGGUCAUACUCCUGGACCGGGUCCAGGUGGUCAGCAAAAUAGUCGAAGUUUUGCGGCUGCUUUGAGAAAUUUGGCCAAACAAGCGGGUCCAGCACCACAAGAGGAGGAGCCGCGAGCUAGUCCUAAAAACCGAGCGCCUCCACCUCUUGUUCGAGGACCAUCUCCCGCCAAGGAGCGAACGACACAUGAGCGUCGGCCAGAAGAAAUACCCUCUUUAUAUACAACUGCCAGGCCUGCUGAAACCAGCAAACACAAUGUGACUGCCACAGCUUCCGAAUUACUGGCCAGAUCUGGUUUUCAGCCAUAUCGGCCCGAACAUCAUCCCGCUCAUGCACCACCACCGCCAUUCGCCCUGGACCCCGCAGCCUACAGUCCUUAUCAUCAUAGUCUCUACCCACCGCCACAUUUGCAACACGCUUAUAGAAUAGAAGAACAAUUGUAUUUGGAAAGAUGUAAUAUGUUGAGACAGCCCUUGUUUCCUGGUCUCCCAUCAUAUCCUCUCUAUGGAUUGAGAUAUAGUCAAGACAUGAUGCCACCGGGUUCACUAAGUCUCAUGUCCCCGGUGAUGCACGAACGACUGAAGCUGGAAGAGGAACACAGAUUGAGGCAGGCAAGAGAGCAGGCUGUACUUCGUGAGGAGGAGGAGAGGAGAAGAGUUGCACGAAAUUCAGCUCCCACAGCUCCUGUCGCAGCACCUGCGCCUGCAUCUGCUGAUACUGCAGCUAGGAAGCCGACCAUAGCGGCUCAGUUGCACAGCAGCGAGAGGGAGCGUGAUCGUGAAAGGGAACGUGAGAGGGAUCGUACGACGAUCAAUAACAAUAACAACAGCAAUUCUAGUAAUAUUAAUUCAAAUGGAGGGACCACAACAAGCGUCAGUCAUCAUCAAAGGAAGGAAGAACAAUCUUCAUCGCUUCUUCCUCCUCCUCAUCCUCCUCCACAAUCGUCGUCGGAUCCAUCAACGAGCCUCUAUCAUUCACGACUAUCUCAAUUUCCAAAUUCAACAACACCAAUUUGUCCACCACAACAACAACAACAACCACAGUCAAUGGGUUCUGUUCCCGUUAGUUCAGCGCCAAUUCCAUCACCCAUGGGCUCAAAUUUACCUUCCCUAAAUCUUGGACCAUCACCGAUAAUAAGCUCAGCAUCAAUUGGUGGUCCACCUCCUAUUCCCACAUUAGGACCAGGCGUUAUCGGUCCACAAUCCUUAAGUAUCCCACUUUCUCCAAUUAUCUCAAUACCUUCUCUACACCUUCCACCAGUACCAACAUGUACCAUUCAUUCUAGUCAACAUACAGCCACAAUUUUGAGUACGACUUCUACGGCCAGUUCUUCAUUAUAUCAACAACAACAACAACAACAACCACCACCUCAACAUCGAAUCCACUCGACUGGAUGUACAACGACUGUUAACACUUUAUCAGCAAGUGGAAUGAUGACAACUCACGUCACUCAUUCUCUAACCACUCCCGGCGUCUCACCUUCUGGCAAUCUAACAGCCAACGCCGGAAAAUUGUCACCAAUUUCUCACAGUUGUCACGCAAGGAGUAAAGAAUCUCCAUCAAUAACACUUUCAACGCCUAUAAGUACAGUAAUGUCAGUGACAGCAUUAACAACAACGACAACAGUAACAACAACAACAACCUCAACAAAUCCUCAACACGCAUUUGUCAGACCAUUUGAGGAUUCUUUUCGUUCAACGACAAAACCUCUACAAAGAAAUUUGACAAAUAAUCAUCAAUCACAAAUUAUAACAAAUCAUCAAACCACUCAGGAUUCAAUGAUGAAAACAUACGUGUCAAUUGCACCCUCAAUUACAAAUCAAAUCACUGAAACGUCCUGCAAAGAUUCCAUCUCAAAAACACGAAUUGACUCAAACCAUCAACAUCAAAUGGUUCAACCAAUUCCCUAUCCACCGCCAUUUCAUCAUCCCCACAUACCCGUCACUCAUGUGCCAAGUUUAUAUAAACCACCGCACUUUUCCUCACCCCCAGUACACCAUCAACAUCACCAGUCGUCGAAAUUAAAUUUAUCCACUACUACCACUCCAAAUUCAAACGGAAAUAUCGAAACGAACAGCAAUGCCAACAUUGGUAAUUUAAGUACAAAAAUUCAUACACAACACACGAGUGAAUCUCGAGAAUCUUCAAAUACAUUAAGAAAUGAACAUUCAUCAUCAGUCAAUAAUAAUGAGGGAAAAAUUGCUCCUUCCGCCAAUUAUUAUCUAAAUCAUGUGCCUCCAAAUUCAAAAAUGUUUAAUACACAAAAUAAUAAUAAUCCCGAGAAGGAAAAUAAGGAAAUAUUCGAGAAAACAAGAGAAAAACAAAUUGAAAAAGAAAAUGAAAUACAAAAUCGAAUUCAAGAACAUCAAAAUUUAAGUCAAAAUCAUAUUUUAAAUCAGGAACAGAGUAAAAAUUUUAAUCAUGAACACAAUCAGAGUCAAAUAAUUAUAAAUCAAAAUUUAAAUAUCAACCAAAAUUCAAAUCAAUUACAACAAAUUCACAAUCAAAUAAAUUCAAAUCAAUGCCAAAUUACAAUGAAUCAGAACCAAAUAACAAAUAGUCAAAAUCAAAAUUUAAAUCAGAAUUCAAAUCAAAAACAAAAUUUAAAUCAUAGUCAAAUUUUGUCAAAAAAUCAAAUUCAUAAUCAGAGUCAAAGUCAAAUUUUAAAUCAGAAUCACAAUAUUAAUCAGAAUGGAUCGCAAUUUAAUGAUAAAAUUGUCACGCCACAAGCAAUUUUUGAACCAUUAAAGGAAAAUUUAUGCGAGAAGGAAAGCAAAAAAGAAAUUGAUUUAAAUAAUUAUAAUAAUGAACAAAAUUCAGUUAUGUUCACAUUACCAUUUCAACCAAAAUUUAAAUUCGGUUUAAAUGAAAAUGUUACGCAAAAACCUAUUGAUACUGCACAAUUAAUGCAGAGCAUUAAAUCAGAGGAGGUGUUGCGCACCUGCCAAAAUGUUUCAAAUGUACUUUUACAAAUACCUAAAUAUCAAGAGAAGCUAUUAAAUUUUUCACAAAACGAACUUAAAACAACAGCCUUUUGCAUCACUGACAAGUGCAAUAAUUUAACGGAAAUAUCAAUGAAAUAUGAGCCGGCAGUUUUAAAUGUACCGGAUGUUAGUAAGGCAUUAGUGAAGAAAGAAGAAGAUGAGAGUGAGAAAUUUUUCUGUGUACCCGAGUCGCCGAAAAAAUUACGAUCAUCACUUGAUUUAGCAGAGAAGCGACGAAAAAGAAAACGGGAAAAAAAUAAUGGAGCUACCACUACAACGACAACAAAUACUGCUGCUACAACUACCACCACCAUUACAACAACAACAACAACGACAACAACUACUAAUUGUCACUCGGAAUCGGAAGAUGAUGAAACAAAGGAAAUUGAUCUUUGGAUUACUAAAGGACCACCGUCGAAGCCACAAUAUUCCGAUGAGAAACUUGCCUUUCUUGCAAUGUUUGGAUUGACGACACUUAGCAUCAAAAAUGAAAUGGAAUUAUAUAAAGUGGAAAAACGAUACAGAUUAAAUCCUGAUCCACCAGAACCGCCAUUAGAAAUUGAGCCAGCAUUAGAAUCGGCAUUGCCAAUUCCAAGAGAACAUCCAGAUGUUUUGCUUCAUUCAACCGAUUUUGUGCCAAAAGUUGGAUUUUUAAAGAAUAUCGGUCUCGACAUAAUGCCACCAAGCAAAAGAGAUGAAGCAGAAAUUACAUGGCAAUAUAUUUUACAAGAUCGCAAAAAGAGAAAAAGCAUGAAUACUGUUACUGCAUAUUGUGAUCGUAUCGCUAAAGUUUAUUCAAAUAAUCCACCAUCGGCGCCAAAACCACCGCAAAGAAUGAGACUUUUGGAUAAAAUUAAAGUCAAACAUAUACCAGAAAGACCGCCACCACUUCCGCCCUUGGUACCUAAUAUCGUGUCAACAUAUUAUCCAAUUCUUCCAAUGCCAGGCGAAAAUGGAGUGAAACAUUAUAAAUUUUCGGAAAUAAAUAAUGACGAUGCCGAUGAUACGGCUAGUGAUAAUAGCGAUAAUAGGCCCAAGUGGAAUGGAAUCGAAGAUGUGAUUCAAGCCUACAAGGAUUAUCAAAAAGAAAAGGCAAUGGAGAAAAAAAUAUUGAGUGUUCAAACUUCGAAAUUGGUGGCACAAACGAAUAGUUUGCGAUCCGAAGCCAUGCAGUUGGAAAGAAGAUGGUAUGAAUUGGUGGACUUGAGAACAUCGCUCGAUUCCGAAAAACGUGUCCUUAGUCAAAAGAUUGAAAGGAUCAAUGCACUUGUCAGGGCUCUUAGGUAGCGAUGCGCAACGCACAACACGGAAAUUCUUUCAUCUGUGAUAUUAUCAAAGGGUUAAGGGCCAUUGGUACAUAAAACAGUUGUGAAACAAUAAAAAUUUUCAUUUCACUCUUAUUUUAUCAAUUUUUUUUUU